UUUGUCCUACCUCCAAACGAUCCCGACCAGGAGAUAGCGUUGAAGAUUGUAUAACUAAUCUCUCCCACCGAUUCCCGCCCCCUUUGAGAAAAACUCCAGAGGUGAACAAGAGAAGCGCACACACAUCAAACCGGGAGGAUGACCAUCAGCAAAGAGUCCAGGAAAAGUUCCGCGCGGGGUUCCCUCCGAGCCCCCAAGUUCCUGGACAAAUCCGGUGGCUUCUACGACCGCCUGGAUGAACCAGAAAGUGCCCCGCUGUCAGACAAUUUGGUGGCGGACGCAGGGAGUGAAGUGGACGACGGUGAGACCCUCACGCGGCGGACACCCAGCGGCAGGUGGAGGAGAAGAAGCUCCAGGAGGAAGCAGAAGCAGGCGCUACCUCUGGAGAGCCCCCAGGUCUUGGAGGGACACCAGGCCCCUCACCGGGGGGACCGGCUCACGCCCGUUCCUUCCCAGGAGGAUGCCGACGACCGGGUGCUGAUCCGAGACAAGACAUGGAUGAAGAGAGAGCAGGAGGUAGUCAUGAAGGUGGUCAAGAGGAAUUCGAUGAAAGCAUAUCGUAAGGCUGUCGACCGAGCUUUUCGGAGAGGCUGGGAGGCGUUUGUGGCCAACAUCUACAGCGUGACCCUCACGCCUGUCAUUCCGUCCCAAAAGAAGCAUCAGCAUAAUGUCGUGCUGGCCGAGUUCCAGUAGAAGCUCAGCGAUAACGAUUCAGCUAAUCAUGAUGCCGGAUCUCCCAUUGAUGGCAUGAUGCUGAUUAUUUAUUGGAAGUUAUUUGUUCAUUAUGUCAGGUUCACUAUUUGGAGUUUUUCCGCAGGUUUAGCAUGAUGAAAACACAAAAGUGUCGAUGUGUAACCUUCAAAAAAGCAAUGACUUAAUAGUGGACCCGUUUUGUCAUUUAUUUCAAGAGAGACUGUAGCCACUUGGUCUUCUGGUGGACUUUUUUUUUCUCCACGAGGGGCAAAAUAGAGAGAUAAAACCAUUGAUUUAAAAGCAAUUUGUUUGUUGUUUUUUUUAUUAUAUGUUAAGUGAUAUAUUUAUAUGCAAUGUUAAUUUGGUCGUGAUGGAAUAUAAAAAGCAUUGAAUGCUAGUGCAAACAUUGAAACAGGUGAUGCAGAAAAGAGAGUUAUGAUUAUAAAAA